AUGUCGCAUUACUGUGGGCCCAAGUACCGGAGCGGAGACCUGGUGUUCGCCAAGUUAAAGGGCUAUGCCCACUGGCCGGCCAGGAUCGAGCACAUGGCCCAGCCUAACCGAUAUCAAGUGUUCUUCUUCGGGACCCACGAGACCGCGCUCCUGAGUCCCAAACACCUCUUCCCGUAUGAGGCGACCAAGGAGAGGUUCGGCAAGCCCAACAAACGGAGGGGCUUCAGCGAGGGGCUGUGGGAAAUCGAGAACAACCCCAGCGUCCAGGCCUGUGACUACGAAGUCGCCCAAGAGAAGAACGGCGACGAGGAACCCGUGCUGGAGCCACAGCCCGAGGCCCCCGAGGCCCCCGAGGCUCCCGAGGCCCCCGAGGCCCAGCAGAGCGGCCCCCGCAGCGGAGAUGAGCAGGGGGCACCGGGCGUCGAGGAGCCGGCCCAGGAGCAGGAGGAGAAGGAGCCACUGAAGAGGUGCCUGGAGGACCUGCUGGAGGCCACCCCCAAACGCCGCAAGGAGGCCGCCGACCCAGGAGGCGAGGAGGAGGAGGAGGAGGAGGAGGAGGUGGCGGCUGCCUGCGAGGCGGAGAGGCCGCUCCUGCUGGAGGCCUCGGAGCCGGGUCCUGCCCGGCCGCUGCCUCCGGAGGAGCCGGAGCCCCAGGAAGAGGCUGCUGACGAGAAGGAGGCCGAGGUCCUGGGAGUCGGCGACAAGGAGAGCCUGUAG